UGGCUGCGACCGCGCACACCCCGCCCCGGCGCGCGUCCCAGGCCGGUGGAGCGCAGAUCCAGAUCCCCAGCGCGGCCACUUGGCCGGGUGUUCCCGAGCCUCAGGUGGCGCGGGAGGGAGAGCCCGCGUGUGACCACCCGGCUGCGCACGCCGAGACCUUCAGCCCUUCGGUCGGCCAGGGGAGCCGAGCGGACGCAUCUGCCACCCAGAGCCCACCUGCCGGUCCCCGCGGUCCCCGCUCCAGCUGUGCGGGGCUCUGGGCGCCUACUCCGCAGCUGGAGCGCCACGGGAGGCUCUGCCGCCGUCCCCUGAGCCUCCAGAGUGCCCCAGGAGACCCGAAGAAGCGUGGCGCGACAGCGGGAGCUCGCAAUGGCCAGGGCGCGAGGGUGGCUGUGUCUGUGGCUGGGCUGCUUCUGCCUGGACCUGGCGCUGGGACAGAGACCGAGCCUGCAUCUCCCUGAGCUCAGCCGGGCUGGGACUGGCGACCGCACGACAGGUGGUGACCCGAGCCCCGACCUGCCGCCGCACGACAAGGUGUCGGAGCACAUGCUGUGGCUCUAUGACAGGUACAGCGGCAGCAGCAGAGUCCUGGACACCAGGACGCCGGGCUCGCAGCCCCUGGGUCCCCAGUCACUGCACGGUGGCAACACGGUCCGCAGCUUCCGAGCCGUAGCCGCAGGAACUCUUCAAAGAAAGGGGCUGCACACUUUUAAUCUGACCUCUUUAACCAAGUCUGAAAACAUUUUGUCAGCCACACUGUAUUUCUGUAUUGGAGAAUUGGUGAACAUCAACUUGAGCUGUCCAGUAUCCCAAGGAUGCUCCCAUCAUGCGCAGAGACAGAAUAUCCAGAUAGAUCUCUCUGCAUGGAUCCUCAAGUCCAAUCAAAGUCAGCUCCUGGGUCACUUGUCCGUAGAUGGGGUCAAACCUUAUCGAGACAGCAUGUCUUGGUUGUCGAAAGACAUCACUCAGCUCUUGAGGAAGGCCAAGCAAAACGAGGGGUUCCUCAUAGGAUUGAACAUUACUUCCAAAGCACAUGAGCUGCCCAAGAGGAUGCUGCUUUUCCCGGAGCCUUACAUCUUGGUAUAUGCCAAUGAUGCUGCUAUUUCUGAGCCAGAAAGUGUGGUGUCUAGCUUACAGAGACACAGAGAUUUCCCCGAAGGAACUGUGCCCAAACUGGAUAGCCACAUAAGAGCUGCUGUCGCUGUAGAAAGGCGGAAGAAACGUUCGGCUGGAAUCUUGUUGCCUCUGCAGAACAAUGAGCUACCAGGGGCAGAGUAUCAACACAAGGAGGAUGGCGUGUGGGAGCAGAGACGGCCUUACAAGACCCUUCAGACUCAGCCCCCUGAAAAGAGCAGGAACAAAAAGAAGCAGAGGAAAGGACCUCAUCAGAAGGGCCAGACGCUGCAAUUUGAUGAACAGACCCUGAAGAAGGCCAGACGAAAGCAAUGGAUCGAACCUCGAAAUUGUGCCAGGAGGUACCUUAAAGUGGAUUUUGCUGAUAUUGGCUGGAGUGAAUGGAUUAUCUCCCCCAAGUCAUUUGAUGCUUAUUACUGCUCCGGAGCCUGCCAGUUCCCCAUGCCAAAGUCUUUGAAGCCGUCCAAUCAUGCAACCAUUCAGAGUAUAGUGAGAGCCGUGGGGGUCGUCUCCGGAAUUCCUGAGCCUUGCUGUGUGCCAGAAAAGAUGUCCUCACUCAGCAUCUUAUUCUUUGAUGAAAACAAGAAUGUAGUGCUUAAAGUCUACCCUAACAUGACAGUUGACUCCUGUGCUUGCAGAUAACCCAUCAGAGAAUGAAUUCAAGUGCUCGAUUCAAUCAGUAAUUGGGUUUUAUGGACUAUUUCUUUCUUCCUUUCUUUCUUUUUUAUCUUUGCACUGCCAAUGCAUUUUGUCCCAAAAGAGAAUGAACAAAUAGAUUGAAGAUUUCCACCAAGCAAAAUUGAACUGUAUUUUCUUCUAAAUGUAACUAAAAGUAUGAUUCUAGUAAAUGUGGAUGUCUAUUUCUUUUUUUAAUCACGUAAGAAAAACUAUUAUUCAAACUGUUUUUAGGAGUGUUAGAGAACACAUUGACUUAUUUUUAUAUUGGGCUUUAAAACUAGGUGGGAAUUAACAGCAAUAACUUACCAUUUGUCUCUACUCAUCUGAGGACUAAAGGGACAUAGAUAGCAAUCUUGUGGUUUUUAUUAGGUUUCUUGCCUUAGAUUUGUGAGCACCCUGGCCAGCUAAACACCCAGCUGACUUUGAUGUCCAUCUAAAGAGUGUCUGAGAUUUGUUUACCCUUGAUUUUUCUCCACAAUCAUGAUGUGUGUUGAGUUAGUGAGUGCUGAGUGCUAGUGUGUGUAUAUAUGUGCCAGGUGCCCGUACAUUUGUUAAAUUUUUUUUUCUUAAUGUGGUUUUAUAGUUCCAUCUUUAUGGGAUUCCUUUUUUUUUCAAUACCAUAUUCUGAUGUGUACCAUACACUCAUGAUUGUAGGUUCAUAUGUCAAGAGUGAUGCUUGAAGCAGCUAUCUGAUUGGAUGUGUUCAUUUCAUUGAAUUCCAGAAAAAGAGA